CCGUUUUGCGGAAUCGUACGUGUUAUUUAGUGUUGGUAUCUCCCUAUGAAGCUGCUUGUGACGGAUAGUCGCGCUGAAAGAUGUCUCCGUGGACGGUGGAUGCAUUUGCGAUAACACCCCAAAUGUAUCAAGUAAUUCCUGGUAUAAUCUGUUGCACCGCUGUAGUGUAUAAAUUGCUGAGAUGGAUAGACAGAAGGAGCUGUCUAGCGGCGAUCGAGAAAGCACAUACGACCAGGAAGAUUGCGUUGAACGUAAUGGAAAGAGCUGUGUUGGAGUUCAACGCUUCGGGCAGAUCUGGAGACAUUGAAUCUAUUCUGUCUCUAUCACUUCUGAACCUUCAGGAACGAUUGCAGGAAGGUUCUCUUUCUCCUGACUGUGUGGUGCUUGCUUACAUGGAGAAGGCUUUGGAAGUCACUGAACUGCUGAACUGCAUCACAGAUUUUCUUCCAGAAUGUCAAACACAGCUGAAGAAUCUUGAUGGGAAGAAGAAAGGACUUCUGUAUGGGAUCCCUGUCAGCAUUAAGGACAAUGUGAGCUACAAGGGUCACGAUUCAACAUGUGGACUGAAGAAAUUCUUACAGCAGCCAGCAACUGAAGACAGUGUCGUGGUCCAAGUGCUGAAGAAACAAGGGGCUAUUCCUUUUGUGAAGACAAAUGUCCCUCAGUCUAUGCUAAGCUAUGAAUGCAGUAACCCUAUUUUUGGGCAAACCAUCAACCCACAUGACCACAAACGUACACCAGGCGGGUCAUCUGGUGGUGAGGCUGCCCUGAUCGCAUCUGGUGGUUCAGUCCUUGGCAUUGGGAGUGAUAUUGGUGGCAGCAUCCGGGUGCCAGCUGCAUUUUGUGGAAUCUGUGGCUUCAAACCAACAGAAAAUCGCUUGAGCUCUAAAGGAAUCAGAACGGCUGUGCCUGGACAAAGUGUUGUCAGUGCGGCAGUUGGCCCAAUGGCCAGAGAUGUGGAUAGUUUGGCCUUGUGCAUGAGAGCCCUGUUAUGUGAAGAUAUGUUCCAGUUGGAUCCCUCUGUGCCACCUAUUCCCUUCAACGAUGAGGUAUUUUCUAGCUCUAAGCCUUUGAGGAUAGGUUAUUAUGAGAGUGAUGAGUUUUGGAUCCCCAACACCAGCAUGAAACGUGCAGUAAUGGAAACUAAACAGCUGCUGGAGAAUGCAGGCCACAUGCUGGUUCCCUUCAAACCUCUGAGAACUCGAACUGUAUUGAAUGAACUUUUUAUGAGAGGUAUUGCUUCUGAUGGUGGUCGUAUACUUAUGGAAAGACUUAAAGGAGACAUUAUCGAUCCAACUUUGAAAGAUUUGCUGUUUGUAAGCACGGCACCUAAAAUAAUAAUGAAGAUCCUGCACUUUCUUCUGAAGCCAUUUAGUCCUAGAAUUUCAGAGAUCCUCAAGCAUUUGGGUGGAGUAAGAUCAGUCCAUGAACUGUGGAAACUGCAUGUUGCAAAAAAGGCUUACUGUGAUGAGUAUAUUGACGCUUGGAAAAGUGCAAAACUUGAUGUCUUACUUUGUCCAGCGUUAGGUCCAGCCCUCACUGCUGGAUAUGCCGGAAAAGUGACAGUUUCAUCCGCGUGCAACGUUAUUUUCAACCUAUUAAAUUUCCCAUCUGGUGUAGUGCCAGUCAGUACAGUAACAGAGCAGGAUGAAGAGGAUUUGAAGAGCUAUGUUGGCUACUGUAAUGACCUUUGGGACAGGACUUUCAAAAAGGGUGUAUCAGGAGCUGUUGGUCUUCCGUUAGCUGUGCAAUGUGUAGCCUUGCCUUGGCAGGAUGAACUCUGCCUGCGUUUGAUGAAAGAAGUGGAAAGAGUUACUCAAAAGAAGAAGAUGGUGUAAAGAGCUCAGCUGUUGAAGCAAGCUUUCAAAAAAGCUGCUUCCAACUGAACCAUCAUGCAGAUGCUGCUCAACUUGUGGGGGAGGAUGCAUAGUUUGGCGCAUUAUCUAUUUUGGAGUAAUUAGUAUAAUUUAAGGAUUUAAAUACUGUAGAUCAAAUGGUGAUGUAUUUGAUAUAUUUGAAAGAUGUAAGCUAAGCUGGAUACCUUUCACUGAUCCUUGAAACACAUCAGUAUGUUGAAAUGAUCAGAAAUUUAUUGUAUUUUGGUAUCUCAAGUUUUUGAUGCAAUAAGACACGUGUUAAGUAAAAGAUCUCUCAAAAUAUUGUAGUCAGGAAUAUCACAAACUGAAUUGAUACUUGGUUCCAUAGCAUUAAAAUUAGGCUUCAGUUUCCAUUUUUUGGUGUUUUGUUUGGUUGACUAAUGUAAAUUACAAUACUGAAUUAAUGAUGUGAUUUAGGAAUUUUUCACUGACCUUUUGGACACAUGGAUUGCUUGUUCCUUGAAUCUAUAGAAAUUAGUCAAAUAGUUAUAAACCUGUGAAAACAUUGACAUUUAAACCUGAAUUCCCAAAUGUAGAUGGAUGGAGUUAUGUCACAGGUUAAAGGAAAACUUAAACAUGAACUGAAUUAGCAGAAUUCUGGAAUUAGCUGAAAUAGGGUAAGGGCAGAUAAUCGGCCUGCUCGUGGGAAGUCUGGUUUAGCCGUCAGUGAUUGAUCUAUUGUCAUGUGUACCGAAUUUUAGUGAAAAGCUUUGUUUACGAGCAAUACAGGCUGAUCAAGGUAAGCAAAGAUAUACAGAUCAGAGGUUGUAAAAAGAUUUAUAACAGAGGUAUACAGACUGUAUUGCACAGGAUGUGCCGAGGUGAGAUCAACGUCAGCAGGAUCAGAAUUAUUUGAGGCUGGAGAAUCUAUUCAUCUGUCUGAUAACGGCCAGAAAGAAGCUGUUCCUGAACCUGCUGGUGCGUAUGUUUUAAGUUUCUGCCGAAAUGAAGAGGUUGUAGGAAAUCAUUACCGAGGUGGGAUGGGUGUUUGAUGUUGGCAGCCUUUCUGCGGCAGCGAGCAGUGUAAAUGGAGUCCGUAGAUGGAAGGUUGACUUCUGUAAUGGUCUGGGCUGUGCACACCACCUUCUGUAGUUUUUUACAGUCCUGGGCAGAGCAGUUGCCGACCAGACUGUUAUGCACUUGGACACUAUUCUUUCAAUGGUGUGUCUGUAGAGAAGUUGGUGAGAGGAAUGAUGGGAGAAUGCGUGGGUUGGGCUACAUAGAGACAUAGAAAAUAGGAGCAAAAGUAGGCCAUUUGGCCCUUCGAGCCUGCUGUCCGAUCCAAUAUGAUUAUGGCCGAUCAUCCAACUCAGUAGCGCAUUCAACCUUCUCAUAUAACCUUUGAUCACGUUAGCCCCAUGUGCUCCAUCCAACUCCAUCUAGAAUUCAUAUAAUGUUUUGGCCUUGAUUGCUUUCUGUGGUAGGAAACUCUGCAGGCAAACUACUAUUUGGGUGAAGAAAUUUCUCCUCAUCUAGUGAGGAUGCUUUACAUCCCCUGGUCCUUGACUGCCUUGCCAUCAGGAACAUGCUGUUGCAUUGACGCUGUUUAGUCUUGUUAGAAUUUUAUAUGUUUCUGUGAGAUUCCCCACAUCCAUUCUUCUGAACCCUAGCAAAUAUAGUCCCAACCAAUUCAAUAUCUCUUUAUAUGUCAGAAAUCAAUCUGGUAAAAUUUUGCUGCACUCCCACUAUAGCAAGAACAUCGUUCCAUUGAUAAUGAGACCAAAACUGCCCCCACAAUCCCAGGUGUAGUGUCACUGAGGCCCUUUAUAAUUGUAGCAAGACAUGAAGGCUCCUACACUCUAAUCCUUUCGCUAUGAAAGCUGAUAUACAAUUUGCCUUCCUUACCAUCUGCUGAUUGUCACUGUGUCAUUGGUCUAAUAUCAUACUUUAUAAAAUUGAACAGCCUAUCUUCAUUUUGGCAGAUACUCUUCUUAGGAACAGGUAGCCAAAGCUCCCUGGGUGUGUUUAAACUCUGAUUAUCCCUCUCAUCAAAAGCACCGAGGAGAAUCCUUGACACCAUAUUUCAAGAACAAAUACCCUUCAUUGAGAAAGGCUUUUGAGAUACCUGCAUGCGUGCCAUAAUGACACACUGGCAACAACCUCCUCCAUCCCACAUUAUCACUUUUGCUUUCCAGAACUAACACUAAUUAGUCAAACAUGUUUGUUAUCCUAAAAUAAAUGUCUACAGAGAGAAAUCCAUUUUCUUCAACUUUACCUGUUGUAUUUGUACAUAUUUUGGGUUUUAUAGAUGUGCUGUCUUACUACAAAUGGGUAGCCAGUUUUGCAUCAUCGUUGAAUAGCUUUUGUUUAUAAUAAAUCAAGAAAUGUGUGUUUAUUGAAGAAACUGGUUGAAUGAUCUUUCAUUUUAAAUCUAAUUUAGAAAAAGUACAUGACCAUGUUGAACAGGUUAAAACAAUCAAAUUAAUGUUCUGACCUGUGAAGUAAUGGAAGUACAAAGUCAAUACAUGUCUUCCAUCUCAGUAAAAAUGCUGUCUUUUAUCUUUCUGUCUUAAUCCCAUCUUUAUCAUCUUAGUUUUCUGCACAUGAUUUUACAAUGAAUUUCUAUAUUUUAAUUUAUACUUUUGGUUUAAACAUGUCAUGGAAAGGAUUCUUCAAUCUGAUUGGUUGAUGAGUUGUGCUGUUGCUUGCCCAUGCCAUAUGUCCCCUGCAGAGGGCCCUCUGUCCAACAGAAUCUCUAAAUACCAUACUGUGCUCGUCAGAACCUAUGAAGAUUGGAUAAGUGACCAAGGUUGACUGCCAGUUCUCCAUUGGUGACGUCAAAGUCCAGACUUUCCCUUUGAUAUUAAAUCCCAUUUUGCCCUGGGUUCUGAGUUAAGAAGUUUUUGAACUGUAUGCAUAUUUUGAAAUCAGCAGAACCUCUUGUAUCCCUUUAAGCAGAUAAAUUGAUACAAAAUGUGUUGUAAUCUACAGAUAUGGAAAAUGUACCUUUCCUAAAUAUAUAAUGGCCUCAGGUCCACCCUCUAAUUGUAUCUAGCAUGUUUAUCAUUUUCUUAGAGCAUACAUGGAAUUAAUUGCCAGAACCUGUCUCUUUCACUCAUAAGGUAAUUGUGAACUCAGACAUAAGAUUAACCACAAUAAAUUUGCAACACAUCUUGGAUUAAGAUAGGUUGUACACCUGACCACUGAUUUUAAUAAAACAACUUGUGUAACUUUCUGA